AAGACUAAAGCACAGUUAAAGCUUGGAAAUACCGUCAAUACCCUGAAAACAUGUCCAGUAAAAACUGGAGACGACUUCAACUCGCAGUUGGAGCACUGCUGCUGCUCAGUACCCAUGUGGCUGGCGAUCCGGCUGCAGCCUCUAAUGAACGCUUCGCACUGCGUCUGGCUACCAGCUUGGGGUUAGCACAGCCCCAGAACAAUGUGGCCGUUUCCCCGCUCCUGCUGCAGUCGGCCCUAACGCUGCUGUACGCCGGCGUCUCACCACAGUCCUCGGCGACGGCCCAGCAGCUGCGUGUAGCACUGGAGCUGCAGCAGCUGGGUGACGCGGAGCAGGCACUGCAGCAAUUCGAGCACCUACUCGGCCACCUGAAGGAAUCGUCGGCUAUUGGCUGCCAGCUCCGACUACUCAGCGAGUUCUACGCCGAGCAGCGCUACACCUUCAGCAUUCGUGAUGAGUUCGAGAAGCGGGCAGCGACUCUGGGCAUAGGCGUGCAACGUCUAGACUUUGACGACUUGGCGAGCGUGGCACAAACGAUUAACUACGAUUUCCAAACACGGAGCAACUAUAGUGUGGGCGAGUUGGUCAGCAGUGGGAUGCUGGAGUCGAGCGGCGGCUCCGAUACGCCCUUUCUGCACGUGUCGGCGCUGACAUUCCGAGCACCCUGGGCUCAGGCCUUCGAUCCGCAGGAGACGCAGUGCAUCAACUUCUUCAACGAUGGCCGCUAUCACAAACUGGUGGAUGCCAUGUUCAUGCAGCAUCGCUUUAAAUACGCUGACCUCCCUGGGCUGGAUGCAAUUGCGAUUGAGAUUCCCUUCGCCACAGCGGGACUCAGCCUGCUCAUCGUCUAUCCCAAUCAGCCGAACGGUCUUGCCGCACUCGAGCGUCAGCUACAAAGCUGCGAUCUGCAACAGUUGCGUCGACGGCUAAGUGAACACAAAAUAGCUUUAACGCUGCCUAAAUUCAAUUUGUUGGCCCAUACAGAUCUGCGCUCUGUACUGGAGCAGUUGGGCCUGUCGAAGCUAUUUACACCGGACGCGCAGCUGCACAAUGUGUUUAAUUCGUUUUUGGCCAGCUCGGCGCCGCAUUUAACAGCCGUGCCGCAUACAGUGCUACUGGAGCUGAAUGAGCAGGGCGCCGAGGCGGAGCAAACUUUUUUUGCAACAUUUACCGAUCUAUUCCGCAGCACGCUGUCGGUGGUGAUCAAUCAUCCGUUCUUCUUUGCCAUCGGCAAUGACAAGUCGCUGCUACUGGCCGGCCAUGUGGUCGACGUCUAAACAGGGACCAGGGACA